AUUUUACUUCUGCAUCAAUUACAUAAAAUUUUUAAAAUAGUAGUAUCAUUUACCAACAGUUGAUGCGGUGCAGUGUGUUUUCUCUUUCUACAUGUGUAUCAAGAAUUCUUUUCUCUGUAAAAUAUAUCAAUUAUGGCAUCAAUAGUGAUGAUUUUGGAAGUAAUAAUCCCCGUUAUAAGUUGUUUUGCUUUGUAAGCAUCUUAAAGUGUUCAAGUUAAUCAUGUGGAUGACUUACCAAACGUUGCAAGAGACUUGACAUACAUCCUUGGGCUUCCUGGUGAUAUCUACAUAACAUCUAAACAAUGAUGGGUAUAUUGUACGAAAAAAGGCCCUUAAAAAAGCCUAGACUUGGUCCACCAGAUGUUUAUCCCCAGGAACCAAAACAAAAAGAAGAUGAGUUAACAUCUAUAAAUGUAAAACAUGGCUUUGCAACUAUGCCUCAACUUUCUGAUGAAUUUGGAACAGCACGACACUGCAAUGUUACUGCUGCUAAAGUUGGUUCAUAUUUCAAUGCUAUUCUCGCCAAAAAAGAAGAGCUGGCUACAAUGCCAGACACAGGAAGAAAACGACAACAAAUUAAUACAAAAGACGGUUUCAUUCCUGUUACUGCAAGAACAAAGACUGGUAUUGAAGCUUGGUUCAAAGAUCUUUCUGGUUGCAGUAAACCUCUGAUACAACUAGCCAAACGUGCUCCAAAUUUUAAUAAAAAAGAAGAAAUAUUUAUGAUGCUUUCUGAAUAUCAAGUUCCAAUGUUAAGGGCUGCUUGGUUUAUAAAAUUGAGUUCUGCAUAUACAGUCGCAGUUUCGGAAGCUAAAAUAAAAAAGAGACAACUGCCAGAUCCUACCACAGAAUGGACAGGAACUCUGAUUAAGUUCUUAAGAGAUCAGUUAUCGAAAAUUCAAGAUUAUUAUACAUUAGGCAAUCAAAUAAAUAUAAGUAAUCACACAUCAAGUAUCAAUGGAACUUGUAAUUCUUCUAAUGUCAAUACCAAUCCAAGUAUCAUAAACAUUAGUAACAGUACAAGCAAUGGCAUAAAUUCCUUAUCAUCCUCAACACCAAAUUCAAACUCAAUUACCACUUUAAUGACGGAAGAACAAAAAAUAGCAUUGAAACAGUGGCACUAUUGUAUUCAGUUAGCAAAAUAUAUGUUUGAAGAAGGACUAUUAGAUCGUCAAGAGUUACUUCAAUGGAUACUAGAUUUAUUAGAUAAACUUCGAACAAAUCCUUCUGAUGAUGGAAUUUUGAAAUUACUCCUUCCUUUAGUUCUUCAAUAUUUAGAAGAAUUUGUUCAGUCAGAAUUAUUAGCUCGAAAAUUGGCAUAUCUCUGCUGUAAAAAAUUAGCACAUAUGUUAAGUAACGUUGAUACUAAUAUUAUUUCUCAAAAUCCUUCAAUAUUGCCUCCAAUUAGAACUGAAAUUAAUGGAACUAAAGAACCAACAGCUCCUCAACCAAUUCCAAAUGCUUUAACGACAGCAUUCAAUGAUUAUUUAAGCUGUCCACAUCAUCGGGACGUAAUUUAUGGAUUAUCGGUAAUAAUUCAAGUGAUAACUCUUGAAUGUCCAACUGCACUUGUUUGGAACAGUGUUGGAGAAGGGAAAGCGCCUUCAGUAUUGAAUGGAUCUCCAUUGGAUUAUCUUUCAUGUCCUCCAGCAGCUCUACCUUGUCCACCAGCGAGUGCGGCUAGUCCUACAAUGAAUCAGUUGAAAAUUGCCCAAGAAAAUAUUCGUGCUCGUUCGCAAGCUGCUGAAGGCCGUUGGUCCUGUGAUAAAUGGCAGCAAAGUAGUGCUGGCAUGACUACUACUAAAGUUUUAAGCGCUUUAGAUGCUCUUGAUCGUCAUAAUUUCGGUAAAAUGGAUGGAGCAAAUUCUUUGGAUACUCUUUAUGUUAAAAUAUUUACUCCAUCUUCUAAAGAAACUACGAGUGAGAGAGAAACAUCGAAAACUGAAUAUACACCUCAACAAGAUUCUGCAGUAGUAGAUAUUUUGUGUCAAUGGGCAGUCAGUGCUGAAAGAUGGGGUGAACAUCGGGCUAUGGCAGUUGCUAAACUUUUGGAAAAAAGGCAAGCUGAAGUUACUGGAGAAAACAAUGAUAACGAUGAUAAAGACAGUGUUUGUAGUAAUGGAAUUCCUCCUAGCCUUCCAAUAUUCCAACCUCUUUUGAUGAAAUUUCUUGAUACUGAUGCACCUAUUCAAGAUAAUUCAACAUCACAAACUAAAGCUCAAUUUACUAAUCUCGUUCAUUUAUUUUCUGAGCUCAUCAGACAUGAUGUUUUUUCUCAUGAUGCGUAUAUGUGUACAUUAAUUUCUCGUGGGGAUUUAAUUCAAGGCCCAGCUGCAAGUAAGCCAGGAACUCCAAGUAACAGAGAACCAAUUGAUGAAGAUAGUUUAUUUCCAGGAAUUGAUUUAAAACCUGCUAAACUAGAACCGGAUCAUGGAAGAGGUAUGGACUAUGAUGAUAGCAAGAUCGAUGACGAUUUGGAUAAAUUAUUACAGCACAUUAAAGAAGAUCAACAGAAUAGUAUGGAUGCUCCCGAUAGUCCGAAAGAUGAUGCUCUUGGAGGUCAUGGACAUGAAACAUUAGAAUCUAGAGCUCCAACCAGUCCUAGUAGACAUCUUUUAUAUACCACACAUUUUCCUCUUCCACAAGAUGAAGCUUGCAGUCAACAUGAUUGUAAUCAACGACAUGUUUUACUUUAUGGAGUCGGAAAAGUUCGAGAUGAAGCUCGACAUGUUGUUAAAAAAAUGACUAAAGAAAUAUGUAAAUUAUUUGGAAAAAAAUUUAGUAUUGACGUAGCUGAGGGUGGUAAAGUAAAAAAACAUUCAAGAAAUGAAUUUAAUUUUGAAGCCGUUACACAAAAAUUUCAAAAUCUUAGUUAUUUUGAUCAACAUGUUGUAACAUGGCAAUGUGCUACACAAGUAAUUGAAAUGUUAAAUUCAUUUGCGCUUUCUGGAUCAUCUUAUUUACCAGUUCAAGAACAUGUAGCUUUUCUUUUUGAUUUGAUGGAACUUGCACUGAAUAUUUAUGGACUUAUCGAUGUGUGUAUUCAAAUUUUAAAAGAACUUCCGGAAGUAGAGACACAAUUAGCUACAAGGAACAGUCAAUUAGUAAGAAGUUAUACUACAAGUUUAAGUUUAUAUGUUGUGGGUGUUCUUCGAAGAUAUCAUUAUUGUCUUCUUCUUUCACCAGAACAAACAAUAGCAGUUUUUGAUCUUCUAUGUAAAGUUGUAAAGCAUGUCUCUAAUCCAAGUGAUUGUAGUUCGGCGGAACGAUGCAUUUUAGCAUAUUUAUAUGAUUUAUACACUUCGUGUUCUCUUUUAAAGACUAAACCUCAUGGAGUAGAAGCUUUCAGUAAUGCUUAUCCAAAAAUAAGAGCUGCUUUAUAUACAUCUGUGCAGCCAACGCCAUCAAAUCAUAGUUACAAUCCUCAAUUUAUGAUUGAUGUUUUUAAUAGUCCACGAAGAGGAGGAAAGAUUGAACCACAAUGGGCACGAUCUCUUAACGAAAAUCCAGCAAAUCGAUACAGUUUUGUUUGCAAUGCAAUUGUGGCAGUUUGCAGUGAAUCCGACAAUGAUAAACUCAAUGACAUAGCUAUUACAUGUGCAGAACUUACUGCUUGUUGUAAUGCCCUUAGUGCUGAAUGGUUAGGAGUUUUAACAGCUUUAUGCUGUUCAUCAAAUAGUUCUCCUUAUUAUGUUGAUGUUUUAAAUAAAGUUGAUGUUCAAGAUUUGAGUAUUCACAAUUCACUUGCUGUUUUCACGUCAAUAUUGAUUGCAAGACAUUGUUUCUCUCUUGAAGAUUUUGUUGUGCACAUUGCAUUACCAUCACUAGUGAAAGCCUGUAAUGAAGGUAGAGGUGAUGCAGAUACUGAUGCAGAAUCUCGAGGAAGAUUAACUUGUCAUUUAUUACUACGACUUUUCAAAACUGUUGAAUGCCCUCAACCAGCUUUGUACUCUGUUAGUACUAGCCCUCAUCCACUUCCUACUGGCAAUCCUCGAGGAUAUAACAUCAAACUCAGUUGUGAUCGUCAUCUUUUAGCAGCUGCUCAUAAUAAUAUUCCUGUAGGACCUGUUUUGGCAGUGUUAAAGGCAAUAUUAGUUGUUGGAGAUGCUACAGCUGGUAAACAACCACCAAAAAAACCAGAUAUUCCAAUGGUACAUUCAGGAAAAGGUAGUGGACCUGCGAGUGUUGGUGGAAGUGCGAGUGAAUUAUCUAUUAGUCAUAUUCUUGGCACUAGUGAUAUUCUUGGUAGCAAUGAUGAUUUAGGAUUAGAUUUAGCCAUGUCUUCAUCAAGUAGCAGUGCAGGAAUGGGUACUGAAAAUGUUAAAGGGCUUUCAGAUUUUGCUCAACAUGUUUUAAGACAAAUUUGUAGUCAAGAAUGGGUUUUAGAAAGAUGCUUACAAAAUCCUGAAGAAUUAUGUCAUCCUGAAAUGUUAUUAGACAGUAUGUUAACUCCAAGACAAGCCCAAAGACUACUUCACAUGAUUUGUUAUCCAGAUACACCUUUAGACGCUUUCCAUGAUCAGCGAACACACAUUACUAAUAUUUUAGAAAACCUUGAACAAUGGAGUUUGAGAAUGUCUUGGCUCGAUCUUCAAUUGAUGUAUAAACAAUUUACUCCUGGAUCAAGUGAUUUGUCUCAAUGGCUUGAUAUGGUUGCAAAAGCCGCUAUUGACGUAUUCCAAUUGAAUACUUUAACACAUAAAUCAGAUAAAAAAUCUGGAUCAAUUUGGCUUGUAGCACCAUUAGUUUCAAAAUUACCAAGUGCUGUACAAGGACGAGUUUUGAAAGUUGCUGGACAAGUGCUUGAAUCAGGCAACUGGUCCAAAACUGCUGGGCGUGAAAGAGGAAGACUUAAAUCACCGUCAUUAUUUAAUCAUCAACCUUUUCUAUCUUUAGUACUCACAUGUCUUAAAGGUCAAGAUGACCAAAGAGAAGGUUUAUUAACUUCAUUACAUUCACAAUUAUCCCAAUUUUUAAAUACUAGUAAAGAAGAAAAAGAUAUUGCUUCGGAAGAUCCGAAAACUAGGGAAGUACUACAAGAUGCUCUUCAAUUGAGAUUCAGUCUUGUUGGUGGCGUUUUCGAUACAAUUCAAAGAAACACAACAGUAACAACAGAUUGGGCAAUUUUAUUAGUUCAGUUAGUGAGCUAUGGAGUUAUAGAUUUAAAUAAUAAUUCUGAAUUAUUUACUAUUGUUAUAGACAUGUUAGCAACACUCAUACAUUCCACCUUAGUGUCAGAUUCUCAAUCAGAAAAAGAUGAGAAUAGAAAACAUUAUCAAAAUUUGAUGAAAAAAUUAAAGAAAGAGCUUGGCGACAGAAAUUCUCCAAGUAUUCAAUAUGUGAGACAACUGUUACCUUUACCUAAGCUUACGAUGGAAGUGAUAACUUGUGAACCAGUUGGAUGUUUAACAGACACUAAAGGUAAUAAAAUAGCAGGUUUUGAUAGCAUUGAUAAAAAACAAGGUAUGCAAGUUUGUGAUUCUCAACGAGUAUCAGCUUGGGAAUUACUUGAAGGUCAUAAAAAUCCAGCGCCAUUAUCGUGGGCUUGGUUCCGAGCAGUAAAAAUGGAAAGAAAACCUUUGACUUAUCAAAAUGCUCAUAAAUUAAUUAAGUAUCAUACUCAUUGUCAGUUGAGACCUGCAAGUUAUUAUUUAGAACCACCACCAUUGCCUCCAGAAGACUUGGAACCAGAUAAAAAAGAAAUUGAAACUGGAAAAGCUGAUACUCCAAUGAGUGUUGACUCCCCAAGUAGAUUAGGUCCUGGAAGUGUUGGUCCUGGUUUAAAUAUUGGUACUGGAAAGGGUAAAGCAAUGAAGGCGCCUAGACAAAGACACAGGAGAAAUAAAAGCGGUGCUGCUACUCCUACUGCUCCUGUUCCUCAACCGAUGCAACCGGGACAAGCAAAUAUACCCCCAAUGCAACAAAUGGCUUAUGGUAAUCAACAACCACAAGUACCUCAACAAUCUGGAAUGUUUCCUGGGCAAGCACCUCAACCUCAACAACAAUGGUAUCCGAAUCAACAGGGUCCUGCACCGCCUCAACAAUAUGGAUAUGGUCAACAAUUACCUCCAACUCAAGUUAGUGGACCCAGAUAUGAACGUCCAGGAAUCAAUAAUCAAUCAAAACAAGCUCUCUCUAAUAUGUUGAGAAUGAGACUACCUUCAAAUCAAUUUAUGGGCAAUCAACAACAACCGACUGCUUCAGUUGCUGGUCCUGGAGCAUUCCAAGGAAUACAAAGGCAACAAUUCAUACGUCAACAAUUACGAGCUCAACAUGGUGGGCCAGGAAUGAAUCCACAGCAAGGAAUUUUUGCACCUCAACAACAACAAAGUAUGUAUGCAGGAAUGCAACAAGGAAUGAAUCAAAAUUACGCUGGAUAUGGAGGUCAACAACUGAUUUCUCAACAACAACAACAGGCUCAACAGCAACAAACUCAACAACAACAAGCACAACAGCAGCAACAACAGCAAAUGCUUCAACAACAAGCUCAACAACAAGUUCAACAGCAAGGUUUAAUGAGUCAACAACAGAAUUUAAUGUUCCAAAAUCAGCAGCAGAUUAUAGGAGCACAGAGAGGACAACAAGAUUAUAUGCAACAGCAAAGAAUGCAAGCGGGUGCCGGACCAAGACCAGCUUAUCUUCAAGCCCCAAAUGUUACAAUGAAUACUAUGGGUCCAAUGGCUGGUGGAGUUCAAAAUCAACCUGCUCCACCAUAUAGACAAACUGCAGGAAAGCCUACUGCUGUAGGAGUAAGUGCUGGAGGUGUAGGAUUACAAACAAAUCAACAAUUUCAACAAGCCAUGAAUCAGCAACGUAUGCGUCAACAAAUGUUGGCAAUGCAGCAGCAACAAGUUCAACAGCAAGCACAACAAGUUCAGCAACAACAAACUGGCAACAAUGGUCAACAACCUACGCCUCAAUUAGUUGCUCAUCUUCAAAGGCAUCUUGGUCAACCAUCCCAGCAUCCUUAUCCACAUCAACCACCGCCGUAUUGAUAUAUGAGCAUGAUUAGGUAUUAUUUAUACGGCAUUUAUAUGAAAACAUUUAUGAUAUUGUUUUCUACCCUUCCAUUUUUAGGUAAUGUAAAAUAUGAAUAU